UACCAGACAGGCAUGGCACCAAACCAACAACCAAUAAGAUUCAUGAGGCCAACACUCAUGGAGAUAGAGGCUGUAUUGACAUGCUUUUCAGGAAAGAGAUCGUCAAUAAGAAUACUCAAUGCGACGACCGAGUUGAGACAAGUAAGAGGGAUUUGGCCGAGACCAGCAUUAAGAAACCCAGUACGGAAC